AUGGCUUCCACUUUAAGUGGAUGUAAGGAAGGUAUAAAAUCAAACACCAGAAAGCGCAAUGCUGUUGAGUUAACAGAUCAUUUAAAAGAUCAAAAAAAGCGUCACAUGGAUUCCGAUAUAAAAUAUUACAAGUUCAACCAGGACAAUCCUUUAGAAAUCCCAUCGUAUUAUGCUCGGAGCGUGAAAUUGGACUCGAAAGAUACAUCUUUCGAUCUUAAAGCCAGAAAGCAAAAGCUAUGCGAUUUAUUGGUUGACAGCAUGCACAUGUUGGAUGAGCUAUUCCACCUUCGAAAUUUUACAUCUCUGGUUUACUUUGAUCCUCAGAAUGUCAGAAAAAUACAGCAAUCUGAAAGUUUUAAGAAAUUUGAAGGAGAUUAUAAUUUAUGGCCCAAAACUGGUGACCAAAAAGCAAGACUGAGGAUAAGCUCUAGGAUAUCAGAGCAUACCGAUCCAUUGAAGCAAGAAAUAAUGGAUAAGGUACAAAUGAUGACUAAACCUGAAAUGGUUGUUGGGAAAGAUUAUUCCAAGAUAAGAAAGCAUCAAGUGAAGAAGGAGUUUCAAUCUAAACAUUUAGGAUAUUCAAGAAAAAUAAAAAGAAGUUGCAAACCGAAAUAUGAUAAGAAAAAUAAAUAUCAAAAGUUGGAAAGGUCCAAAAGUAAUGCCAAAGAUAUUGGCUUAAACACUUCAAAAAAUGGAGACAGUAUUAGUGUUCAAGGAGAUUUUGGAGAUAAUGAUUCGGAAGAAAAGCAUAUGACGGACUAUGCUGUUGUUAAUAGGGAUAAUGGUUAUGCUGACUCCAGCGACGAAAGUUCGCCUAUACUUAUAGAUCAGCUUCCAGUGACUUAUCAUUAUCCAUCAAAAUUAAAGCUAAAUUACAAUGUGAAGCCACAAAUAAUCACAAAUCCGGUACAUUUGAUAAAACCUAAGUUUAAAAAUUUAGAAAAAUAUCUUGAUUCAUUUAUUUUCACUACGGGUGAACCAACUGAGGAGGUUAUUACAAAAGAUUACGAAAAAUAUUUGCUUGCUGAGAAACAAAAGAUUUUUAAUGUAAAAAUUGGACUUCAGAAGCAUAUCCUCCGCCUUGAUAAGAAGGAAAAUGUAUUCAGAAAUGUUCCAAAUGGGAGCAAAGAGCCGACAAUGAUACGGCAAAAUUUCCAACACGGAUUUAAUCAUUACAAAGAAAGGCUCCCCCCCUUUCGAAUACAGAAUCAGGUGACACAGCACGAUAACCUUUUGGCACAGGGUGUAAAAUCAUCCAAACUUAUACAUAAAUUGAGAAUUAUAAAAGUUCAGAAAGGAAGAAAAAUAACCCAAAUGAUUGAAAAUCAUUUUAAGCGGUUAUCUCAAGAAGAGGAAAGGAAAAUUAAGGAGUUUCAUAGAAUGAAAAUUAAGCUAGCCAAAGAUACCGCUCGCGAAGUCAAGAAGAAAUGGAUUAUAGCCGUAAAGGCGUACAAAAUUUUAGAAGAAAAGGCUGAAGAGAAGGAAAGAGCGGAGCAAUCAAAGAAGGAACUUUCGAAGAUUUUAGACCAGAGUACUAAAAUGUUGGGCGCACAACUUUCUGCCAACAGAUCUGAAAACAACACUCAAAGGCAGAUUAUUGAGAAAGAUGAAAACACUGAAGAGGAUAGCGAUUAUUUCAGCUCCAGUUCUUCUGGAUUCGAGGAGUCCUCUGGAAAUGGGUCUUUGGGUGAUUCAAACGAAGAAAUUAGAGCAUCGGUUAACAAUGACGAUAAGCUUUCUCCUGAGCAGUUAAGAGAAAAGUACAAAAAUUUGGAAAAAGUUAAAAUGCCCUUCAUGUCAUCUACCGAUUCAGAUGCAGAAAGUAGCGAGGAUGAAAAUUAUGGGUAUGAUGAAGGAAUUGAAGGAAAUGAUUUAAGAUCUUUGUAUCGUGGAAAUGCGUCAAAUUUUCCAAUGCGUUCAUUGCAUUCCACACAUUCACUUAAUGGUAAAAACGAAUUAUUGUUUAAGCAAGUGGAUCUAAACAAACCAUUUUUGGAUGAUAAUAGAGAUAAACCAUAUAUAACAACUCCAGAGGAUAAAGUUCAUAGUGCUACUGUCAUUACUGAAAAUUCAAUUUCAAAUGAGGAUAGUAAAAAUUCACAUGGAAAUGGAGAUUUAGCUCCAGUUGAUGAAAAUUUGAAAUCGUUAGUCACGGAUGAGAUUGAUGAAGAUUCUGAUGAAGAUUCUCUGUAUGAAGAAGAUGAUCUAGAUACACCGACAUCAUCCCCUAAGAACGUCGAAAAUAAUGGUAAUGAUAUAAAGGCCAAAACCGUUGCAGUUGCGGAUGUUCCCAUUCCAACAUUAUUACGUGGAGUAUUGCGUCCAUAUCAAAAGGAGGGAUUGAACUGGCUUGUGUCACUUUACAACAAUAGAACAAAUGGAAUUUUGGCUGAUGAAAUGGGUCUAGGAAAGACUAUUCAAACAAUUGCUUUGCUAGCAUAUUUGGCCUGCGAAAAGAAUGAAUGGGGCCCUCACCUUAUUGUUGUACCAACCUCGGUAAUAUUAAAUUGGGAAAUGGAAUUCAAGAGAUUUGCCCCGGGCUUCAAGGUUCUGACGUAUUAUGGUACACCUCAACAAAGAAAAGAAAAAAGAAAGGGAUGGAAUACACCAGAUACUUUCCAUGUUUGCAUCACUUCAUACCAACUAGUUGUUCAGGAUCAUACCGUAUUUCGCAGAAAAAAAUGGCAAUAUAUGGUUCUUGAUGAAGCCCAUAAUAUUAAGAAUUUUAGAUCUCAACGUUGGAGAUCUUUGUUAAAUUUUAACACCGAGCAUCGUCUUUUGCUUACAGGUACCCCUCUUCAAAACAAUAUUGUUGAACUUUGGUCUCUACUUUACUUUCUAAUGCCAUCUUCGCAAGGAAACAACAGCAUGCCAGAAGGUUUUGCCAACUUAAUAGAUUUUCAACAAUGGUUUGGUAAACCAGUUGAUAAAAUUAUUCAGAGUGGAGGACUUGGAGACGAUGCUGAAACAAAAGCUACAGUGAAUAAGCUUCACCAGGUUUUGAGACCGUAUCUUCUGCGCAGACUCAAACAAGAUGUCGAGAAACAGCUGCCGGCAAAGUAUGAGCAUAUUGUCUAUUGUCGAUUGUCGAAACGUCAGAGAUUGUUAUAUGAUGAUUUUAUGAGCAGAGCCCAGACAAAGGAGACAUUAGCAAGUGGCAACUUUUUGAGCAUUAUCAACUGUUUAAUGCAAUUAAGAAAGGUUUGCAAUCAUCCAGAUUUAUUUGAAGUUCGUCCAAUAAACACAAGUUUUGCAUUACAAAGAUCUGUGAUAUCCCAAUUUGCCAAUACUGAAAAAGCUAUUAAGCAACAAUUUAGAUUAGCACCUUUUGAUACUAUUGAUCUUGGAUUUAUGAAUUUGCUCCCGGCACACACAUAUAAACUGUCGUCACUUGAAGUAGAGAGCUUACAAGAUUUAUCAGCAUCCCAAACUUUUGCGGAAAAGAUUGACACGUUAAAGCAUAAUCUUAAAGGUAAAAGCACAGGAUUAGAUUUCAGUUCGAUGGAGCAGUAUUAUAAGUGGAUGCUUUAUAAACAAGAGCAAGACCUUCUCGAACGUACAAUACACUUAAAGUAUAUUAAUGAUCACAAUUGCAACAGGUCUCAGUAUGUUUCUGCUGAUUUGAUAAAUUCCGUGACUUUGACAAAGUCUUCGCCUGGUCCAAGCAUCAUGACGGAUCUGGUAAAGGAAAUAUCGACGCGUGCUACUGAAUUAAAUCCAAUAAUACAGAAUUUCGCAUUUGUGACUCCAAAUGCUAUUUGCGAAGAUUUGAUAGAUCUCACAGUCCCUCCCACAUUAAAGAACAAAGUACAAUAUGUUGCACAAAAUGAUCUUGUAUUGAAUCCGUUUCAUAAUGUUCAAAUCAAAGAAACUAUUUCUUUUCCGGAUAAGUCAUUAUUACAGUAUGACUGCGGCAAAUUGCAAAGAUUGGCAAUUCUUCUUGAAGAAAUAAUUCCAAACGGUCAUAGAGUUUUGAUAUUUACACAAAUGUCCAAAAUGUUGGAUGUUUUGGAAAAAUUUUUGAAUUACAAUGGAUACACUUAUUUACGGCUUGAUGGGGCAACGAAGAUUGAGGAUCGGCAGUUAAUGACUGAAAGGUUUAAUAGAAAUGAUAGAAUUAAAUGCUUCAUUUUGAGUACUCGUUCUGGUGGAUUAGGUAUAAAUCUUACUGGUGCUGAUACUGUUGUUUUUUACGAUUCAGAUUGGAAUCCUGCAAUGGAUAAGCAGUGCCAGGAUAGGUGUCAUCGUAUUGGACAAACUAGAGAUGUUCAUAUUUACAGAUUUGUUUCAGAGUAUACAAUAGAGUCGAACAUUCUUAAGAAGGCAAACCAGAAACGUCAAUUGGAUAAUGUUGUUAUUCAGGAGGGUGAUUUUACGACAGAUUAUUUUAGCAAAAUUACUAUAAAUGAUUUGUUGGGGAAGGACAAUGCAUCGAAUAACUCUUCUGAUCUUGCCGAUGAUGGAAUGAAUCGUAAUGAACUUAUUUUCAAUUCAAAUACUUCAAACAAUUUAAGUAAGGCUCUUGAACAGGCCGAGGACGUGGAAGAUGCCAAUGCAGCUAAGGUUGCAUUGAAUGAAAUUAAUGUUGACGCUAAUGACUUUACUGACCAACAAAAUUGUUCCAGGAGCCCAAGCGUUGGAAUUUUGCAGAGUCAUCAAAUGGGAGAAUCCGAGGAUUCAGCAACUGAACUGUUUACAAAAAGGAUUGAUAAGUUUACUGUUCAGCACUCUAAGCACGGGCAUGAAAUUGAGAGCAAUAAAAUUACUGGAAGGAAAGAAGCUGAUGAGGAUGACGAAGAAGAUGAUGAUGACGACGACGACGACGACGGUGGUGUAGGUCACAUUGAUGAGUAUAUGAUAAGAUUUAUUGCCGGUGCUGAACCCAAUUCUGAUUCUUUUACAAAACUUAUCACUAAACGGUUGUAUGUUUUGCCAUCAGACCCCACUGCAAACAAAGAUCAGGGAAAUAUAAAAUUCAAACUUGGCGUUUAUAACCUAUUUCCUUUCACUUUUGAUGAAAAUGUUCUCGUUUCAGUGGAUCCGCAUUGCCUAUCAGCCUUACUUAUUUUAACCUGUAAGACUGGUAGUAGACUUCCUCAGCUUCGGCCCCUCAUUAGUGCAUCCGAAAAAGUGAAGGCAGAUCGCUGUAUCGUGGCAAUGUCAUAUAGUGCAUCUCCAGACGGUCAACUUCCAAUUUUGGUCGAAGAUGAGGUCAAUAAAAGCGAGCAAAAGGUGAAACGAAAGUUUCGAUCUACAAUGAUGAUAAACAAAUUCAUAAUAGCCAAUAUUUCGGAUCCAACAAUUAAAAUGUGCAUCAAAUUAGUGGAUACAAGAUUAUUUGAUUUUUAUACUUCUUGUUUGCUAGCAAGUAAGAAUGAGAAGUUAAUUAUGAGGUUAUACUCGUUAGCGGGAUUGGAAGAAAAGCAGAAGGUGCUAUUCGAUAAACUAGUGUACCCUGCUGUGAUUGCACACCUUGCUAGCCGUUUUCAGUUUAAUAUCCGGAAUCCAUAUAUUGCGUCAACAUUUAUGAGAAAUUCCAUAGAAUCGUGGAUAAAACCGAAAUAUUACACAUGUGCAGUUAAAGAGGAAUACGAAAAAUGUCUUCGGGAAGGGUUUCACACUUUAAGAAUGUUUGAAGAAAUGUACAAAGAUCGAAAUCAAAAAUUUUAUUUUGACGUCGACAAGCCUUCCAUUUUUGAUUAUAAGUUGGCAGCAACCAUCUAUUGCAUUUCCAGUUUGUCUGAUUUUAUUCCGGACUUUUCCAGAGUCAUUGGUAAAUGUCCAUUGCUAUUGGCACAUUGUAAUCUUGUGAUGCAAACAGUUAAGAAAUAA